CAUCACCGAUGAGACGAGAAUUCAAAAGAAGAUCACCGCGAAUCCAACACUGCUUUGUUAUUAAUGAAGUUGUAUGCGAUAUUUUUAACCUGGUACUUUUAUUUUUGAAGUCGUACUUCGGUUGUCACAUUGUUUAUAUUUUAAUGUAGACUAUUCGUAACGAAGUUGAGUCCGUGGCCUGAAGAAAACGACAUGUCUACAAAGAAACUGGCGAAACAAUUAGGGUUCGUGAGGAAACGCAGUCGGUCAUCAACUGGACAGAAGAAACCACUAACAUCGAAUCAAAUUUUCCCAUAUCUGAUUGUCAUCGACUUCGAAUCCACAUGCUGGAGAGAGAGGAACAGCUACUGGCAGGAGAUUAUUGAGUUUCCUGCUGUUCUCCUGAACACCUGUACAGGUGAGGUGGAGUCAGAGUUCCAUACGUACGUUCAGCCACAGGAGCACCCCGUACUGUCUGACUUCUGCACCGAGCUCACUGGAAUCACACAGCAACAGGUGGAGGCCGGGGUUCCCCUCCACAUCUGUCUGUCUCGGUUCUCCCGGUGGCUGCAGACUCUGGAGCACCAGAGGGGUGUGGUCUUCCCCAGGGACCAGAGGGCUCCAGGCGCAGAGCAGCGCCCCUGUGCCUUCGUCACCUGGUCAGACUGGGACCUGGGGGUGUGUCUGCUGUAUGAGUGUAAACGGAAGCAGCUCCACAAACCUGCUGUUCUGAACAGCUGGAUAGACCUGAGAGCGACGUACAGGCUGUUCUACAACAGAAAACCCAAGGGACUGAAUGGAGCUUUACAGGAUCUAGGGAUACAGUUCUCUGGACGGGAGCACUCAGGUCUGGACGACGCCCGUAACACUGCCCACCUGGCCUGGAGGAUGAUGAGGGAUGGCUCUGUGAUGAAGAUUACACGCAGUCUGGAGAGGGCGCCUUUGAAGACCAAACCCCUGUUUGGAAAUGGGAACGUGCCAGGGGAUGGUUGUCCUGGCAACAAGAGGGAUAACAAAACCACUAUCAAAAACCCCUCCAAGACGACAGGGAGCGGCGGCGGCGGCCAUCUUGAAAAUCGACCCAACAGCAAGCCAGUUAGCAACACGGACGUUGUUGAGACACGACCCAAGCCUGCAGACAACAUGGUUCCCAACACAGAGGUGAACUCCAACUUAACCGCUGAACCUGUUCAGUAUCAGAGUAUUGUUUCACCAAAGACCCUUCUCAAUGGUCUGACCACUCCAAUGUGUGGUGGUAGUAGCAGAACAGUUAGAAUCGGAACCAUACGGUCCAUCUCCUCUCCUAUGACUUUCAAUAUCCCCUCUCCUCAUCACUACAACAACAGCCUCGUUCUGGUCUCCACCACUGUGAAUUGCAUGACCCAUCUACCCCAGCCAGACCCGACCCUUAACCCGGAACAAGGAAGUAUGGAGGAGGACGUGCCCAUCUUGGUGGAAACGGAGUCGUGCGGUUCGUACGACGACGUGGUAUUGGAGGAGGACUGGGAUGUCACGGUUGGUGACGAGGCUUCUGUUGCUGAUGUCACAGAGAACCAGAGGUUUCAUGUUGAUGAUACCUCGGUUUAUGGGAGGACCUUGCUGUGUCCAAGCCCAGUACAUUCACAUCCUGGUAGAGGUCCAACCAACAUUAGGCCUCGGUCCAAUACCACCAACACGCCCUGCCAACAUCUGACCAGCCUGGUACACAAGACCGAUACUAGAACAUCCUCCAGUAACUUGGUGUCUUUCAAGGCUGGGACAACAAGGACCUACAACACUUCUGCACCCAAUAGUCUGUCCACUUCCUCUUUUGUCACACCCAGACCCGUUACUGGCUCAAACCUCUCAGAUGCACGGUCAAGACUGAACACGGAAACGUCAAACUCCUUUGUGAUCGACAAGAACGAAUCGAGAGCAUCCGCAAGUUCUGCGAAAGCUGCGACAACGAGGAUAUACAACACCUCUGGGUCAAAUAGUUCAUGCAGUUUCUCCUUCGACAAACCCAGACGUGUUACCCAUGAUUCCAACCGCUCAGCUACACGGUCAAGACCGCAAACGGCAACAUCGAACAACUCCUUUGUGAUCUACAAGGACAAGCCGAGAGCCUCAAAUACCUCUUCUUCAUCCAGUAUUUCUAUCACAUCCAAUACCUCAACAGCAUCCAAUCAUUCCUUUGUCAAACCCAGACCAGACCUCCAGAACUCCAACCUCCAUGCUACACGGUCAAGACCUCUCACAACAAACAACUCCUUCACACCCAUGUCCUCUACGACAAACCUUCCCAAUCCUUCCGUCACCAGACCCAAACCAGUUACCACCAGCAGUGACUCUAACCUCUCUGCUUCACAGACACCAAACGGCACUGCAUCCAGUCUUUCCUUUGCCAGGCCCGGACCUGUCGUCCAUAACCCCGACCCAUCGACUUCACGUUCGAGGCUGCACGCAGAGACUCCAAACGCAUCUUUCACGAUCCACAAGUACUCCUCUUGCCUCUCCUCUGUCUCUCGUCCUUCUGUCGGUGGAUCGUUCUCCGUCCUCUCCUCGUCCGUCAACCGCUCCUCGCUCCCGCCGACCCGCAGCACCAAGAUUACGGCCCCGCUGUGCGACUGCGGGCGACGAGCCAAGCGUCUAACGGUGUGUAACGGCGGCCCGAACCAAGGCCGAGCGUUCUACUGCUGUACGGUGCGUAAACACGGCCCCGGGGGGACCAGGAAGGGAUGUGAGUUAUUUAAGUGGGAGUCUGCUCUCCUCCAGGCUAAAUCACCAGCCUCUGCUGCCAACUCCAUCGCUCUGUGUUUUGGUCUCAACUCCAGUGUUGUUCGUCCCCCUGUCAUCGUCUAGGACAAGAUAUCAGUUAGCUUGAGGUCAUAGGGAGACUCUCAAUAGCAUUUCCUUCCUUCUCAUCCAAUGGGUUUGAGAGGACAUAAGGAAUCAAGGAAAUGCAAUUGAGAUUCUCCUCACAAAGGUGUCAUUUUAAACUGUACUUUAUGAAAAUAUGUAUGAUAAGUUGUAUUUUUAAUAUAUACUAAAUCUGGUGCAUUCAAUGACCAAUAUCCUGUACAGUUUCUAAAUAGAAUUGAUCCUCCAUGAUGUGAGAUGACAUGAUGUCAUAAUGAAAUGUAAAAUGCCCUUUUAGGUCGGCACUGUCAUAAUAAAAGAUGUCAUGAACUGUAUUACAGGGGUUCUGUAUUGUUGUAAAUUUAACAGCUGAGGUCGGAACCAAAAUGGACAUUUUAUAAAACGUUUUUGUGUUCUGACAUAAGGACGGAAUUGCAAAUUGUCCCUCUUGGUGCCCUGUACUAGAUCCGCCAAUAUUUUACAUGCGCAACAAUGGUGAAAUCGGCAGUACGUCUUCAAAAUGAACUGUGAAUGAGUGAGAAAGUUAGUGGGUCAAAGAUC